AUGGCCCCCAAAAAGCCUGAGGGGAAGAAGGAGGCCCCCCCGGCAGCUCCUGCUACAUCACCGGCACCGCCACCGGCACCGUCUCCUGCCCCAGAGCCCCCUAAGGAACCUGCACCCCCACCCAAGAUCAUCUCUACUGAUUUCAAUGGAGACCAGAUUGAUGAGUUCAAGGAGGCCUUCUUGCUGUUCGACAGGACCCCUGAAAAUGAGAUGAAAAUCAGCUAUGCCCAGUGUGGUGACGUCAUGCGGGCCCUCGGCCAGAACCCCACCAAUGCAGAGGUCCUGAAUGUAUUGGGGAAACCAAAACCCGAAGAAAUGAACAGUAAGCUGAUCGACUUUGAGACCUUCCUUCCCAUGUUUCAACAAAUCACUAAGGCCAAGGACCGGGGCACCUUUGAGGACUUCGUUGAGGGGCUGCGUGUCUUUGACAAGGAGGGCAAUGGCACGGUCAUGGGAGCUGAGUUGCGGCAUGUUCUUGCUACGCUUGGCGAAAAAAUGUCUGAGGGAGAAGUGGAACAGCUGCUUAAUGGACAGGAGGACACCAAUGGCUGCAUCAACUAUGAAGCUUUUGUCAAGCAUAUUAUGGCUGGAUGAACAUGCAGGAACCAGGAUGCAACAGUUCCUAUGACACAAUCACCUCAGAACAACAUCUGACAUUCUCAAGAACCCCAACAAUGCCCCAAUCUGUGCUGAUGACCCAGCAUCUGUCUGCAGUGUCCC